CUCAGUAGUGGGACGGUGCUGGUGGCCAGUGUUGUAUCACAACCGCUACAGGCCGGUUGAGUGGAACUGUGUGUGAUUACUACUUGUGGUAGAAAAUGAAGCUGGUUUGGUGCUGCGUCGUUGCAGCAUCGGUACUCGCAGCCUGCGCAGCAGUGGACGUCGAGAAAACUGUCCAGCAAGUCCAAAACAUUCUCCAAGCAAACAGUGGCUUACCCAGGCUAACCAGAGAUGAAAUCAUACAGUUACUAAAUGAUAUCAGAGCUGAAGACGCAAAAAGCAAAUCAUCUUCAACCUCCACGGAAGAUUCUCGAGAAGUUAAAUCUACUGAAAGACCUUACAGGAUUGAGGACAACGAAAUUAAUCCAAUCACGCAGUUGCCAAAUAUAAAUGAAAAUGUUGUGUCAAAUGAAAAAGAUAAAACAGAUUCUGUUCCUGUGAAGCCUAUCUUUGAAAGCACUACCAAGAAGAACGAACCAUCGGUUGUAGUAGUCUUACCGUAUACACCACGAGAUGGCUCUUCAUUACAAGAGUUAUACACGCGCCCACCUCGCGUUGAAGUGGUACCAGUAUCUCAAGUUACUUCAACUGCAAGACCUAAAUUAGUUGAUUCCCUUGAAAAACUACACAAAACCAUUCAAAAUACGAAGCCAGCUAAUAAAAAAGCGAAGGUCGAUGACUUCCCAGCUGAACUUCAAGCAUUCCUAAACGCUCACGGCUUGAAAGGCAAACCAGGACAGGAUAAUUUUCUAUUACCUCUGGAAGGUUUCAAACCUUUACCUCCAGCAAAAGUAGUGGAUGGAUCAGUUCAGUUGCCCGAAAACAUACUUUUGAGUUAUGACCUAAUUUCCUCUAAUACUGACAAUGAGCCUGUCCAUCAGCCAUCAUCAAACAAUUUCUUAUAUGAACCUCUCCGACCUGAAUUUCCAUUUGAGCUGGACAUGUCGCCAUCUGAGAAGAAAGAGACAGUCCUACCAUUAGAUCUGCCUGUAAGGAAAACUAAGUCUACCUCUGAGACAUCACAAACUAACUUAGACCCGAUUGAUUACGACGCAGUGCGCGUGAUUCCUUUGCAACAAGGCUUAAACCCACUAGAUGAAGUCAAAGCUGCUGCUUUAGAGAGUGAUCCAAACAAAAGGCAAGCUGAUGUAUCGACUGAAGCAGCAAGUAAGGCAAGUUCAGAAACGAGCAAUAGUGGAACGCAAUCGAAUGAUAGUCCAACGUUAGAUUCUCAGCCGGCCGAUUCUGGAGCAUCUAUAGCUGAUUUAGAGGAUUCUUUCGGUGGAGCUGCCCCAGAACAACCAGGAGAUUCUGAACUGCCUCCACCUAGAAAGAACGGGUUCUACUGGAUGUUGGACUGGAACAGUUUCUUAGAAGUAGGAGAUGGUGACACCAAAGUGAAUAUCAGAUUUGAACCAAAAUUGGGAGAUCCACAGAUGUUUAUACCCGUGAAUGUACCGUGAUUUGGUUAGUGGGAAUGGUUGUUAUUUAUUGAUCUAGUCUUGUUGGAAAUGUCUGUCACUAAUUUACAAAGGUGCUCAUCGGUAUGCAAUGACGGUUAUUCACGUAACAGUCUCUAGAUUGGGAAGUAGUGAUGUGAGUGGAUCGAAAAAUGAGCAUGGUUGCUCAAAUCUAGACCAAAAGUGAACUUAGAUGUUAGUGUCAGAGUCGCGCGGUGCAUUAUAGAUAAAUAGGCCUAAAUAGCAAACAAUAUUUUCUUUAAGAAAAUCAGAGGUUUGAAAAGUAAGUGCCUAAAGUAAAGACUACUUUAAAAACCAAUACUCGCUUCUGAUCGCUGCUCUAUUAAUUUAUAGUUAAUUGUCUAAUUUGACAAUUAAUAUGCAGUAAGUGCAAACAUUUACUUUUAAUUCGCCUAUUUUUAGAUUACAACUAAUAAUGAAAGAACAAUGUACAUUAGAAAGAUAAAUAUAUGAGUUGAAUGAGUGAAAUUGACGUAAAGAAUGCCUUGACGCAGUUGCCGGACCAAAACGAUCGAUCGAAAGUUAGCUAAGUGAAACCGUCGCGUGUAAUGUUACAUUUAUAAUUAGUAGAUAGUAUAAAGCCAUCUUUGUAUGUAAAUAGCGUUUUUUUAGAAUUAAAUUAGUUUGAAAAACAA